AUGUCUGUUCCGCCCCUCCCACCGCACACCGUCGCCCGCCUCCUCCCCCACCUCCUGCCCCCGGCCCCCCUCCCGCAGGACAUCCUCUCAAAGACCUUCCUCCAGCGUCUCGCCUACCUCCCUCCGCCCCCCGACGACCUCGACGCCCACCUCUCCCCCUUCCCCUCCACCCCAGACCAGCCAGUCUCCUCCCGCCUCAGGGAGCUCACAAGAGGCCAUCAGUGGGGCAAAACAGAGUAUACUCGCGAAGGCCCCGACAUCUACGCUAGGCUCGUCGUCGAGAAAGAGCAUGGCGGCGAUGGCGUCGAAGUCUGGUUCGAGCACGAGCCUGAUGCGCCGGGCACUCUUGGGAGGGGCUGGGUCUACCAAUCUGCCCGCAUACCCUCCGUCACAGACCACGCCUGGGUAUCCGACAUCUCUUCCCUUCCCCCACCCCUGUCAGAGUCACUAGACACGACCCCUACCGAGGCAACCGACGAUCCGACGACUGCCCCGUCAGACUACUGGGCAGGAUUCACUGAUGAUGAGCCGACAGAGGGGCCGCAUGUCGCAUUUGACCUCCCCGAUGACCAGGCCGAAGACGCCUACUGGGCACAGUACUCUCGCCCUGCUACUGCUCCCAUGACGCCUGGUCCCCGGACUCCCGGUACGCCCGGUCUCUAUCAUGCACACAGCGAGCCCAACCCCCACAACCUCCCCCACCCCGCACAGGCAUACUUUGGCCAGCAGCCCAAGGCAAAGGCUACCGGCGAAGAGGUGGACGAAAGGGCGGUCAAGCUCGCCGAAAGCCUCAUCGGGUUGGCGGCGCACAACGGUGGGCUGACCGGUAUUUCGAGUCUGUCCCUCGAGCCAAAGGGGAUAUGGAAAGAGACUGGGGAAGAUGUCAAGGCCCGGGUAAAGGGAAAAAUUGGAAGCGGCUUGAACAAUCUCUGGAAAGAGUUUACAGCCGGCGCCGAGAGAGAGGACAAGGAGGAGAAGGCGAUGGAGUGGCUGCGUAUAGCCCGAAAUGUCUGUGACCCUGCUUCACCUGUCGCACUCAGUCCUGGUACUGCCACAGACCGAGCGGUAGCCAAGUUGGAGGUGUUGAAGGAUAUGUACGAGGUGCUGAAUGAAGAGGAGGAAGCGCAAGGGUUCUGGAGAAUGCUCGAGGGGGUCAUUAGGCGGAGUGAGGUGGUCGAGGAGGAUGACGAGUUGACGAGGCAGCAGAUGUAUUACGAGUAG